CACAUUUAUGUAUUUCCUGUUUGGAGCGACGUCACAAGUCAACCACCAGAAGAGAUUUGUAAACAGACAAAAUAAUGACUUUACGCUACUUAGUCCAUUAGUAACUCCUGCCACAUUGUUGUCAUGGAAACUUUGAUAGGCUACCAUUUUUAUCUUUAUGAUGGAGCCAGACUCGUGUAGCCGCUUCGGGACCAUGUGUUCAGGUGAAGGACAACCUUCAGACAGAUAGAUACAAACACUGUCCCCAGAAUGAUCAAACACACGCUGCCUGCGGCCAGACGUGCCUUCUCUCCCGGUCUGCGCUGCUUCUCUGAGGCUUCUGGCGGAGAAAUAAGUGAGGAUGUAUUUGAACGGGCAGGCCAUCCACGUCUAACAAAGCAGGCAUCUCUCUACGUGCACUGGCCGUAUUGCCUCAGAAGGUGUUCCUACUGCAACUUUAACAAGUAUAUACGCAGAGAGAACAAUGACCACAUGAUGACUGAGUGCCUUCAGCGGGAGACUGAGACAUUGCUGCAGCUCAGUCAAGUUUCUUGUAUUACCUCGGUAUUUUUUGGUGGUGGAACUCCAAGCCUGGCUCAUCCCUCAACCAUUGCUGCAGUCCUGGAAAGUGUUUCCAGGCGGGCGUAUCUCUCAGAUAAGGCUGAGGUCACGCUCGAGGUCAACCCUACUCCUGUGGGAAAGUCAAAGUUAGAGGACUAUUGCCGUGCAGGGGUGAAUCGUUUCUCCAUCGGGGUCCAGUCUUUGCAGGAUGGGGAUUUGAAAAUUCUGGGAAGAGACCACAGCUCUCAUCAGGCUUUGCAAACUGUGGAAGAGGCCAGGAGGCUGUGCCCUGGGAGGGUGUCGGUGGAUGUCAUGUUCGGUCGGCCCAAACAGAGCGCUGAAUCCUGGGAGAACGAGUUGUCUGAACUAUUGAGGGUGUGCGAUGACCAUGUGUCUCUGUACCAGCUGACGUUGGAGCGAGGCACCCAGCUGUUCAAACAGGUGCUAGGAGGAGAGGUGACCAUGCCCGCUGAAGAUGUGACAGCAGAGAUGUACCAGUGUGCCAGGAGGAUACUUCACCAGCAUGGCUUUCUGCAAUACGAGGUGUCUAACUUUGCAAGACACAAGGCAGUGAGUCAUCACAAUACGAGCUACUGGAAGGGAAGACAGUACAUUGGUGUCGGCCCAGGAGCACACGGGCGGUUUGUUCCUCGCGGGGAGGGAGGUGUCGUUCGGGAGGCCCGGACCCAGACUCUGGAGCCAGAUGUCUGGAUCCGUGAAGUCCAGCAGAGGGGACAUGGUACACGGAGGCGGAUUCAACUCAGUCAUCUUGAACUCAUUGGGAGUUGUUUAGCCCUCAACUGGGCCUCCAUGAAGUCUUUGGUAUAUCCAACGACGUCCAAGAAUUGCUACAGAGUGGACAACUUAUUCUGGAUGACAGAGGCCUGCGCUGCUCCUGGGAUGGACUGGCCUUACUGGACAGCAUACUUCCAGCUCUACUGGUGAUGCUGGAAAGACAAAUCAGUCAGAGACUACAAAUGGACCACCAUGCUGAUGGACAAACAAAGAGGAUCUCCAACCCACAAUGACAGUAAUGUUAAUAGAGCAUCUAUCUAACUAAGCUUGUUUCUGGGUUAGGCUGGCAAGACAUGUAAAAAUAGCAAUCCUGAAAACAGGCAGAUAUUUACAGGCCAAAUCUGACUUAUUUAAGUUUUAUCUUCAAUAUUGAAAUUCCUUAUAUAAGGCUUUGCCAUUUUUCACAUAUCAGUGUUACUUUGCUGUUUAGCUGUCAUGGGAACAGCCCCUUAUUUUACCCUAUUUAUAGAGAAAUAAAACAGGCCCCACAGGAUUUUAUUUUAAUUUGACUCCGUAUCCUACUGUAAGAACUGCCAUCACUCUGGUUAGAUGGGACUCAGAUAGGCCUGUUGCAAUAUGCAAUAAAUCAAUUAAUCGCAUGAUAAAUAAAAAUGAGCUUGAUCAUUUUUAAAUGGAAAUUAUCGCGGCCGGAUAUUUAUUGUUUUUGAUUGUGUUUGGUUUUUAUU